AUGUCGGUGAACGAGCGGCGCCAUUCUCAACACACACCAACUCCUCCGGCUGCAAGAUCCUCCGAAUCAGCUCGCGAAGCGCUUGACCGACGACUACAGCGCCUCUCCGACGAGGUCCUUCCCGCGGUGCCUUACAUCCUGACACUCCCGACGAAGGCGCCUUUCCAUCUGGGAAGCCGAGCUACUGAUAAUUGGGCCGUGGGGCAUGACAGGCCCUUCAGCGCGGAGGAGCAGGAACUUCAGUAUAUGACCUUCUUAACCCACCACAAUACCGACUCACUGCUUGUAGCUGUUGGGGACUGGGCGGACGAAACGGGGCGCAUGAUGGAUGAUCGAUCAAAUGCCCAAAAUACCGUGGAAGGUUCAAGAGAUACUGGGGCCAAGAAGAAGAUCAGUUUAAAGGACUACAAGGACCAGAAGACGAGUGGUGCAGUCGCAUCCCCCCAUGGGGCCCGAUGCGGGCAGCCGAGGCGCCUCGAGUUCGAACAAGCCCGAAGGAAAACGACAGACGACCUCCUCAGGCUCUUCUCGAGAUGUGCACAAGACCGAAAAAUUACAAUCGCAGCCGAAGUCGCAGGACAAAAACGCCCAUCCGGCUCAGAACGCGAGUUCGUUCAUUCCCGAGGAACGAAGGACCCCGAAGCACAUUCACCAAAGAAACCCCGACGGUCACCAGAAAGGGAGACGCGUCGAGAUCACAGCCCCUCAAAAUCGCACUCGCCCAAAUUACCCGCACUCCUAUCCCCUACCUUACCUCCAACUCCUACCGGCUCUAGACUUCCACGACUCUUAUCCCCAACUCUGCCACCGGAUAUUGAGAAGGAACUAGCAAGCUUCGAAGAUCUCUCCCCGCUUUUAAAUGUUGUCGAGAAAUCAGCACCCGCCAAAGACGCCAGUCAACGGGAUACCAGAGACAACACGCGCACCCUCCCGACAAAAUCUCAAAUGAUCGUCAAGCUGCGUUAUGGGAGGGCUAAUCGAAAGCGGGUCGAAGCACUUUUGAAGUUCAAUGGGAAACCCAAAAGUCAUCGCUCAGAUUCGCCCAUCAGCCAAGACACAGACCGGGACAAUUCCAAUCAUAUCAAGAAGAAGGGGGCAGAUCUUGGACUGUCUCGCAUUGGAGGCCCAAAAGGCAAGAAAAACGAUACAGACGAACACAUUGGUUCACGCGAAGGGCGCACGAAAGAACCCAAGGGCUCCGCUGAAAACCCCCGAACGCCGGUUCCUCAACCACCACCCAUACCACAUUCAGCCGCGCAUGAGAAACCAAAGCCAAGUUCUAUCACACCAGCGAAGGACUUGAAACCCUCUCGCCGAACGGACGUCGCAGAAAGCGAUACGAAAUAUUCAUCUCAUCCACCCACUCAACGCCAUUCUGUUGAUUCUGGGUCAACCGCUAAAGCCUCCCCAACACCGACCGACAGUCGCUCGCGCCAUGAUCGCCAGGUCUGGACAGAAGAAUGGCAAAAGUUCACAACCUUGGGUCGCGAACUGAAACAUGAAGCAGCACGGAUCACUAACAAGCACGGCGCCUCGUCAGCAGAUGAAAAACUUGCUGCGGUCACUGCGAUUGAGGCGUUAUUGUCUUUCAUUCUAGCGUUUGUGGCACAUGACCAGGCCAUCAUUUUAAAACGUCAGACCGCCGACUCUUCAACUUGGCUAUCUAUUGUGGCAUACUGGCGCGCGGUCAAGAAAAGUACUACGCAGUUUCCUGUGUUGACUGACAUCUGCUCGCUUCUUGGUGCUGUCUCUUAUGGUGCAAUCCAUUCCCUUGACCUCGAACGCCUCUCUUCGAUGCCCUUCCCUGGAGAGCACCCUCCGAACCCCACCCCGGGAAGUGACGGCAACGCAGCCUUGCAGGAUGAAAAGAAACUCAGGAAGGAUCUCGCGGAUCUGAGGGGGCGGCUGCUGGAAAGCUACAAGCACUCACAAAGAUUGUGGCUGGAUGGCACAAGGGGUCUCUCCGAGGAUGUCCUUGAACGUGAUUUCCCUACGAGUUGGUCUGAACGCUCUCAGAAUUACUCCGAACGAGGUCGACCAUCCCUCAAGGCGCGUGACUAUUCCGGUAGCUACUUCCUGCCAUUCAGCAGUCUCACUCCACCGAUUGAAGUGGUCAGAUUCAGUUGGGUUCUUUUGAAAGAGUGGUGCUCCAAGCAACGCGUUGAUUGGAAUGGGCGUUUGAAUCUGUGA